CACAGUGGAAGGCUGAACGCACACACACACGCGCGCGCAGAGGCGGCAGCAUGUCGAUCGUCAGCAUCGUUGCCAGGGAGAUCUUGGACUCCCGGGGAAACCCCACGGUGGAAGUGGACCUUCACACAGAAAAAGGUCUGUUCAGGGCUGCGGUGCCCAGCGGAGCGUCCACGGGCAUCUAUGAGGCUCUGGAGCUCCGGGAUGGGGACAAGAGUCGCUACAAGGGCAAAGGUGUUUUAAAGGCAGUCGGGCACAUCAAUGACACUCUGGGUCCGGCUCUUAUAGCUUCUGGCAUCAGCGUCGUGGAGCAGGAGCAGCUGGACAACAUGAUGAUCGAGAUGGAUGGCACAGAAAACAAAUCUCAGUUCGGAGCCAACGCCAUCCUGGGAGUAUCUCUGGCCAUCUGUAAGGCCGGCGCAGUGGAGAAAGACGUCCCCCUGUACCGCCACAUAGCCGACCUGGCCGGAAACACGGAGCUGGUGCUGCCAGUUCCCGCUUUUAAUGUGAUCAAUGGAGGAUCUCAUGCAGGAAACAAACUGGCCAUGCAGGAGUUCAUGGUUCUGCCAGUCGGAGCCGAGUCUUUCAAGGAGGCGUUGAGGAUAGGAGCAGAGCUCUACCACACGCUGAAGGGGGUGAUUCAGGAGAAAUACGGCCAAGAUGCCACCAACGUGGGCGACGAGGGAGGAUUUGCUCCCAACAUCCUGGAGAACAGCGAGGCUCUGGACCUGCUGCAGACGGCCAUCGAGAAGGCCGGUUUCACGGAUAAGGUGGUUGUUGGGAUGGACGUGGCCGCCUCGGAGUUUUACCGCGAGGGGAAAUACGACCUGGACUUCAAAUCGCCGCCGGAUUCCUCCAGACACAUCUCUGCCGAGGAGCUGGCCGACAUCUACCAGGGCUUCGUCAACAACUACCCAGUGGUGUCCAUCGAAGACCCGUUCGACCAGGACGACUGGGAGGCCUGGUCCCUUCUGACGGCCCAGGUGGGGAUCCAGGUGGUCGGGGACGACCUGACGGUGACCAACCCCAAGAGGAUAGAGAAGGCGGCCGAGGAGCGAGCCUGUAACUGUCUGCUGCUCAAAGUCAACCAGAUCGGAUCCGUCACCGAGGCCAUACAGGCGUGUAAACUGGCUCAGGCCAACGGCUGGGGUGUGAUGGUCAGCCAUCGCUCAGGAGAGACAGAGGACACCUUCAUCGCCGACCUGGUGGUGGGACUGUGCACCGGACAGAUUAAGACCGGCGCCCCCUGCAGAUCUGAGCGGCUGGCCAAGUACAACCAGCUGAUGAGGAUUGAGGAAGAGUUGGGUGACCAGGCUCGCUUUGCAGGGCAUAACUUCAGGAACCCCAGCGCCCUGUGAAACUGACCUGACAAACGAAUGAUGCACUAACACACACACACACACACACACACACACACAAAAUCACACAAGGAGUGAGCCAUGUUCAAAGAAAGUUCACACAUACUCAUGAAAAACACUCACAAACAAAAGAGCCAAGCAAAAAAAAAAAAAAAAAAAAGAGAGAAGAAAAAGAAAGAAAGAAUAAAUAAAUCAAUAAGAAUAAUUUAAUAAAUAACUUAUGCACUGGAUUUUAAGGUAGGGAGAAGAUACCGUAUGCAUUACACACUCACACAAAGAUUUAAUAACUAAGCCGAUGCAACACGCGCUAAUGCACAUGCAGGGGAAAUACCAUAAAAAUCUAAUAUUUAUAAGCCAGACAUGCACUGUUACUGUAGUUUUAAAGGAUUAGUUUGUGUACAGCCAGAGGUCGGAGCUGCAAAAAUAAUAUAAAAAAAAGACUAAUAAUGUAAAAAUAAAAAAGAGAGUGAAAGACAAUACUCGUAGAGAUAUAUUAGACUAAUGUAGAGUGAUGCACGCAACUGAAAGAGAUGAACCUGCAGCACCAAAAGAGGACGAUGCACUGGCAGAAAGCAGCAGCUUCAGGGACUGAGUGACAAACAAUAGAAACACACACUGUAACACCUGGACACUCACAACACUCAGCUGUGUCACACCACUCUCACCUGGACACUCCAGCACCUGCACUCCUCCUCCUGCUCCUCACCUCUCACUUCUCUUCUCGUCCUGUGUCUGUUUCUCAGUUUUCGGGUUGCUCCUUCCCCCCCCCCCCCCCUUUUGCCCGGAUAUGUGGUUGGUUCAGAUUAUUUGUCCUUCAUGCUUGAACUCCCUCUUCUGUCUUUAAGAACCAAAAAAAAAAAAAAAAAAAAGGUUUUAAAAAGAUCUACUAAACCUUUGUUCCUUCGUUUCCUUCUGAAUGUCCAUAGAAUAGCUGUGUUGAAAAAAAAAGAAAAGAUGAAAGUGAUUUAAAAAUAAUAAAAGAUUAACAGAAUGCUUGUCAUUGAAAAUAAUGUGAACAUAUGUGAAAUAAAAAAGAU